GAGUUUGUCUGCAAUCAAAUGAAUGCUCCUAUAUUCGACAGAAUAAAAGCCAACAGAAUUGGGAAAUAAAACGUUCCCUAACAUUACACUACGAAGGGAUCGGGCUGUAGUGUUUAAGGAGGAAGAAGACGAGGGAAGAGGUGUUUCUCCAGGCCCUAUCUCCUCUUUCAUUAUUUAUUUCCUUAUUAACUGCGAUCAAAACAUUGAUGGUCGAUCCUCCGCCGCUGAGCUCGAGACCCGCGGAACAUCGUGCAGUCUUUCACAUCUGUCUGUGAGUGUGUGUGUCGCGAUGGCUCGCCCACGGCCCCGGGAAUAUAAAGCUGGAGAUUUGGUUUUCGCCAAGAUGAAGGGAUACCCGCACUGGCCGGCGAGGAUCGAUGAGCUGCCGGAGGGAGCCGUGAAGCCCCCAGCUAAUAAAUACCCCAUCUUCUUCUUUGGAACCCAUGAGACCGCCUUCCUGGGCCCUAAAGACCUGCUGCCCUACAAGGAAUAUAAGGACAAGUUUGGCAAGUCAAACAAGAGAAAAGGGUUUAAUGAAGGCCUGUGGGAAAUAGAAAACAACCCUGGUGUCAAAUUUACUGGUUACCAGGUGAUGCAGCAGCAGAGCUCAUCUGAGACGGAGGGAGAAGGAGGGAACGCAGCCGACGCCAGCAGCGAGGGAGACUCCGUGGGAGAGGAAGAGGAGGGCAAGAUGAAGAGCGACAAGGUCGGAUCCAAGCGGAAAAAAAGCGCAUCCUCAAAGAUGUCUUCCAAGCUCUCCAGGAAGGGUUCGGAUGAAGAUCUGGAGAAGGAUGGGAAAGAUGAGCAGAAGAGUGGAUCAGAGGCUGGUGACCAUGACAACAACAUCCUGAACUCUUCAGACAAGACGUGCAGUCAAGGGCAGAAUCUGUCGCUGCGGGAGGAUCACUAGACGAUCACUGGAUGAUGCUCAUCAUGCUGAUUUGUGAUAUUGCAUCUUAUUACGCUGAGCGCUUACAAACCCCUACACAUUAUUAUCUGGUUCAGUCAAACACACACACAUACAGUAAAAGAAACGAUGUCCAGAAGUCACACAAACGACCUUCUUUCAUUUCUGCUGUUCAGGGUUUAGAGGUUUAGCUUUGCCUUGAACCCGAACCGUUCCGAUCUCAGUCAUUCCUCUCAUUCCUCUCAUUAACGCGUCGUGCUAGAGAUUGCUUUCUUUUGCAAUGAACAAACACACUGUAGAUCAGACAUUCUCUGUUAAACAACUCCGCCAUAUUUCAUGCUUUUAUCAGAGAAAUAACGAGUGGAAACUGUAGAAAACGUAUGAAGUAUUGUGCACAAGCAGAGGUAUCUCUGUAAGAUUUGAUUUGGGUGUAGAUUGUAGGAGCUCUGUACUAUUAUCCCGAUGCUAGAGAUACUGCUCAUCUUUUAAAGCGUGAGAUAUGUUCGUGUGUCAGUGGGUUGGUUGUUUUCUAGCCGUUCUAGUGGCAUGUUGCUUCUGUUUCCAUUCCGUAGUUCUGAUGUUCUUCUGUCUGUCGUUUCAUCAGACGGCGCUGAUCCGGUCUUCUUCUUGACAGAAACUUGCCCUUGAUUUGUUCCACUUUUUUUCUCUUAUCUUUGUUUAUAUAAAGAAUAUAUUAUAUUUAUUUUUGAUGACAGUAGAUGACACAUCUGUGGUAAAUUCGCACUCUCCAAUGUGGUUUUAAUUUCGUUUGGAUUUGUAUUGCCCUCAUCCAUGUUGCAUUUUCAAGGUUUGUAGUUACAUGUAAACUGUUUUCCUGUUUAUUGACAAGAAUUUUACAGAAUAAACUCAUUGGAAUGCAA